AUGGAUAUUUUACAAAUCCGAUUAUUUCUCCCCAGGCUCGAAGAGGAAAGAAGAAGAGAAUUGAAAAUGACAAUCAACGCUGAGACUUCUGACUUGAAUUUUUUAAUAUAUGCUGGUGCUUAUGGUUUUAGAAUAAAAAAUUUAAAACUUUCUGUGGAAUUAUCACACAAGAUUUCAACAAAAUACGUAAAAAUAUAA